AUGAAAAAUUGCUCUUGGUGCUGCAAAGGGGCUUUGCAUUUCUUCGAUAGUGCUGAUGUGAGAUGUCAUCAUCGGGACUUUAGUAAGACUUCUCAUAAUACUGCCUUAUUCAAACUACACGCAAAGCUUUUCUGGUUUUUUGCUUUAGCUAGGGAUGGGCCAACUGAUGAUAAGAGUUACGUCAGUACUAGGGUCAUGGGAACUCAAGAUUUGCUGCACCAAGAGUAUCUGGCCACAGGUUAUAGUGGUAGAGGACAUAGUCGGCCUGUAUCAAAACUCUCAACCGUAUUAGCCAAAAAUUUGCCACCAUUCUCACUUAUCAAGUUUCUAGUUUUGCCCAACAUUGUGGUAUCAGAGCCUAGUUUGAUUCUUGACUGGGCUAGUCCACUCAUACCCAUCUUCAAUGGAGAGAAGUAUGAGUUUUGGAGCAUCAAAAUGAAGGCACUCUUUAAUUCCCAAGAUGUAUGGGAAUUAGUUGAAAGAGCGGCAAGCACUUCCAAAGAGGCAUGGGAGAUACUGCAGAAAGAAUGUCAAGGCACAAACAAAUCUAUCAAGGUCAAACUUCAAUCACUACGCCGUGAAUUUGAGAAUCUGACAAUGCAGAAUAAUGAGACAAUACAAGUCUUUUUGUCCAGAGUAGCCACGGUAGUGAAUACAAGUCUUUUUGUCCAGAGUAGCCACGGUAGUGAAUCAUUUGAGGCAUAUGGUGAAAAAUAUAAUGAUCAAGUUGUGGUUGAGAAAGUUCUAAGGAGUUUAACUCCUAGAUUUGAUCAUGUAGCUGUUGCUAUAGAAGAAUCCAAAGACUUGUCUAUUUUAUCUUUUGAUGACCUAAAAGGGUCAUUGAAAUCUCAUGAAGCCAGAAUGAAUAGCAAAUGGAUUGAGAAAUAA